AAUUCUGACGCUUGAUCGGCUGGUGUGUGCCCUCCCCUCGCCUCAAAGUGCUCACUCUCUACGAUACACGGUUCACUCAGCAACCUUUCGACGCUUCCACUGUCUCCGAAUUCUGCCUUCUGCCGCGCACACAGCUCGAGUGCAGAGGCUGCAUAACGUUUCUGUGCCAACUCCCUCCUUCGUCGAAUUCGUUGACCUCAUAGCAGCCGUCGGUGACCACAAAUGCCCGCAUCUUCCUCGUGGUCCUACGCAGGCGUUUCUAGUGUGGAGUGCUGUUCGAAUACUACAUCUCUCUGGUGUCACCUUUCCCUCAGUCACAACCUUUGUUCGCCUCCUGUAAGCCUCCGAUUGAUGUCGACAUGCACGUUGUGAAGCGUCCCGGCGCAUCCGGAUUUAUCAUCAGGCUUGGUGGCUGUCGAACUGACAUCUGGCUUGAUACGAACUCCGACCCUCGCUCCGUGGCUUAUCUUGUCGAAUUAUUCAUAACUACCGGCACUAGUAAACAACUUCGAGGUAUUAAUGUUCGUCCGUCCCCUGGGCCGUCCCCGGGGUAACAACGGUGUCCGACGCCUCCCUCAAUAGGCUCGUCAGACACUCUGAGCAUUCGUUACAUCACCUUGAUCUCGACACAUACGAAUCCUGGAAAACGGGGACCGGCAUAGAUGUGUCGUUACAAGCAGACCAGAGUGCAUGUGCGUCUCAUAUUGUGGACCCGAUCAAGCGUUUACAACUCGCAUGUAAAGCCUUUACUUCAAUCUUUCGGAGAAC